UUUCGAAUUUAAACUUCAGCAACCAUUUUGUUUUGUGCAAGUGACAUCAAAAAUUAAAAAAAUUCUUAAUUUGAGUGUUUUUUUGCUUUAAAUCAAACAAAAAAACAUAUAAAAACACAGUUUAUCAUCAAUUAGUUAAUUGACAAGUGGAGGAUGGACGUUUUUCCAACAAAAGAGUCGCUGACCGUCACUGAAUCAUUUGAAUUCAUAAUUCCUUACGCUUAUUAUGAUACAAAUGAAUGUUUGGAAGAGGAUCAUCGUGGAAAAUUAUCAAGAUAUAUAAUCCAUUCUGUGCUUGGAAAAAAUCACGAACGAAAACUUAACAAAGAUGACUUCAAGCAUUUAAGCACCAUCUUAGUCGAAUUAUUUCCUACUGAAGUAGAAUCAACAUAUUUUGUUCCAUCAACAAGAGGAUGUGCUCCAGCCGGAAAGUUAUACUCAAGUUAUUUGAACUUGAGAAAUUCUCUUGUCAAAGUCGGCUUGAUUGGAAGAGAAACAAGACGUGUUGGGCAUGUAUCAGAACAAAACGAUAGCUCAAUGGAUAUUUUUGGUCCGACAAUUGAUACAGAUGCAAUUGAAAUCAUAGAAGGAAAUGAUUUUAGUAAUAAGAACGCUAUUGAAAGAGCAUGGAAACAAACUUAUGAGAUUCGAGAAGAAACAUUAAAGACUGAAAUAUCAACGAUCGACUACGUCAACAGAUAUCCGUAUCUUCGCACUCCUGCUGGAUAUGAAUUGUUUUUGGUUGAUGCCUAUGAAAGAGCACCUGAAAUAAAGGAACUUAACUUACAUUCUUCGAUUACAAGAAUAAGUUCUAAAAUAAUUAGAAAAGUGAAAAACAUUCGAAACGAAGCCUUGGCAUAUGAUCUCUUGAAGCAGUAUGAAAAUGGUAAGUAACUUCAAUAUUCCUUUUAAGAUAGUUUUUAUAAGCCAAAUACUUAAAAAAAUAAACUUAAAUUCUGUAGAUUUAACAAGAUUAUCGUAUGUUUAUCAUUCCAUACAUGGUAAAUUUAUAAAUUUAUGUAUUAAUUAAGAAAAAUUAUUNUGUUAAAU